AAUUAUUUUAAUGAAUUCUACUAAUAUUGGAAAUACUUCAUGUAUUUGUUCAGCCAAUUCUCAAUUGCUUGGCUCUUCCGAAAAUCCACAACAGCUUAUUCAACCGCCACGUACGCCAGCUACUUCUGGCUCAGAAGCGAAUUAUUUGGCUGACUCUUUGGGUGUUUCGCCAUUAUAUCGCCAACAAGAUUCACAUCGAUGGCAAUCAGCUGCCAAAAUAUACCAAUCAAGUCGCAGUCAAGCGCAUAGUCCGGCAACUACUGGGGCGCCUCUCAAUCUUACGACGUUUGGCGAUUCCCUUUCUUCAGAGGGAACUUUGUCUCAAAAAAUCCGACAGUGUCGAAGCAUUGGUUCUCCAAUUUUACUUGAAGAUAUUGCUACUCUUAAUCGACAACUUCAUUUGGAGGUGGAACGUGGUCAACGCCGUAUUGCUUCAAUGCAUGGAUCUUUAGAAUUGGAGGCUUUAGCUGCUGUUCAUGAAUUGGCUACACAUGUUAAGCAAAUUUCUGUCUCUGAAAUUCUUCCUCGGACUGCUGACCUUAUUUUUGUAAAUAUAAAAACAUACAAAGAUCAGCCAUACACUCUUGAACUUACAAUGAAAGGAUGGCGAAUAUGUUCAUCACAUUCUGAUUGCAUGAACGGUGAUUAUCACAAUAUUGCUCUGCAUACGCGUUAUUUUCAAAAUGCAAAGGAAGUAUUAGAUGUUAUUUCCCCUGAACAUGACAAACAUUUUAAUGAAUGUUUGGCUGAAAGACUUAAACAAUUAGAACGGGAAGAAGAGGAGGAAGAGCGAAGGCAAAAAUGUGUAAAAGAAAAUGAAAAGGAAAUAUUUUCACAACAAAUUAAAGGUUAA